AUGAGCAAGCACUUGGUGACAGCGGCAAGGAAGUUCCUCUUUUCAAUAGGCAGGAACCCCAAGCAGAACCAGGAUCUGGCCUCUACCUCUGAGGAUGGUCUUUCUAUCACCUCGGGGGGCAAUCCAGAGAGCAGGGCCAGCCUGUAUUCCACCACCCAGGAUACAGGCAGGAGGCUCCCCAUGGUCACCACCGCCUCACCUCUCAACAUUCUCAACCACCACCCCUUUUACAGGAAUCCCCCCCAUCACCAGAAUCCAGCCGGCCCUCACAGUCAGUCAAACUACUUCAAGGACAGUGGGGGAUCCAGCUCACACCCCAGGUCACAGUCCACCUUCUCCACCUCGCCAUCGAGGAUUCCACUGGAUAACGGUGAUAAAAGGGCCUCUGGUGCGAGUGCUGAAAUGUCCAACAGACAAACAACUCUUGUCAUGCACGCGUUAGCUGCCACUUCUCACUCCACCACCCCCGUUCCAGUCACCAGCACUAUUUUAAAAGAUCCAGAACACGCUGCCAUCCUCCGCUCUGCUGCUACUACUGCAAGGGAGAAAGAUGCAGGGAGGCCAGAUCAACCUGAACUGAAGCAGAAUGUGAGGCCUGACAGCGAAGAAGAGGAGACAACCACCACCACCACCAUCACUACCACCACCAUCAUCACCACCACCAUGCAAAGUCCAAUUUCCUGCCAGCUCAACCUGACUGGGCCAGAUGGAUAUAUAGAGGCUCCACCACAGUCCAGCUCUGCUUUUCACUCCCCUAUAGACUGCAGCUACAUCAUCACUGUCUAUAUGAGCUAUGGAGUGGAAGUCCAGGUGAUGAAUGUGAAUCUAUCUGAGGGAGACAGGGUGGUGUUUGAAGAUGUGGGCCACGGGGAGAACACCAUGCUGGCCAAUGAGUCCAUUCUGAUGAGGGGGUUGGUAGUUCGAAGCCACAGCAAUCAGAUCUCUAUCCGCUUCCACAGCCAGAGGGCGCAGGUUGGAUCAGUCCUGCUCAGAUACCAAGCCUUCGUAUUGAGCUGUGUCUUCCCCCAGCGGCCUCUCUACGGUGAUGUAUCAGUGAGCAGUCUCCACUCUGGAGGGGAGGCUUUCUUCUCCUGUCUGAACGGCUACCAGCUGCAAGGCCCCAGUGUGCUGACCUGCCGCAAUGCUAGCACCCCCUACUGGAGUGGCAAGGAACCACACUGCCUAGCUGCCUGUGGUGGUUUGAUCGGGAACGUCACAGCCGGCCGGAUCGUCUCUCCUGGUUUUCCCAGCAACUACAGCAACAACCUGACCUGCCACUGGCUGCUGGAGGCCCCUGAGGGCCAGAGGCUGCACAUCCACUUUGAGAAGGUGGCGCUGGCUGAGGAUGAUGAUCGGCUGCUGAUCAAGAAUGGUAACAGCAUAGACGCAGCUGCCCUCUAUGAUUCGUAUGAGGUGGAGUAUCUACCCAAUGAAGGUCUACUCAGCAUGUCCAGGCAUCUCUUCAUUGAGCUGACUACGGACGCUACAGGCACGUCCACUGGCAUUGCCAUCAGGUACCAAGCCUUUGCAGCAGGCCACUGCUACGAACCCUUUGUGAAGUAUGGUAACCUAACUAGUAGCGACAACACAUGGGCAGUGGGAGCUGUGGUGGAGUUUGCCUGUGACCCCGGCUAUACCCUGGAACAGGGAUCAGUCACCAUUGAAUGCAUGGACCCCAACAAUCCCCAGUGGAACGAGACCGAGCCCGCCUGCAGAGCUGUGUGUAGUGGCGAGAUCACAGAUUCAGUUGGAGUGGUGCUGUCUCCUAACUGGCCUGAAGCCUACGAUAAAGGCCAGGACUGCAUCUGGGGAAUCCACGUCGAGGAGGACAAGAGGAUCAUGCUGGACAUCCAAGUGUUGAAUAUUGGGAAGAAUGACCUGAUGACCUUUUAUGAUGGAGAUGACCUUACAGCUAAAGUACUGGGUCAGUAUGGAGGAUCAAAGUCCCGAUUUAAGCUCUACACCUCCACUGCAGACGUCACCAUCCAGUUCCAGUCUGACCCUGCCACCAACGUCUACGGCUACGGCAACGGCUUCGUAGUCCACUUCUUUGAAGUAGCUCGUAAUGACACCUGCCCUGAGCUUCCAGAGAUCUCUAAUGGCUGGAAGAGCACAUCUCACCCGGAGCUGGUUCAGGGCACGGUGGUGACCUACCAGUGUUACCCAGGUUACCAGGUGGUGGGCGCAGAGCUGCUCAUGUGCCAAUGGGACCUCACCUGGAGUGGCGACAUACCAAGCUGUGAGAGAGUGGUAUCUUGCACGGACCCUGGAAAGGUGGAGCACAGCAGGCGGGUGCUGUCAGGUCCCCAUUUCACCGUGGGUUCGACCAUCCAGUACAUCUGCAACAAGGGCUUCGCUCUGUCUGGAAACAGUCUGCUAACCUGCUUCAACAGAGGAUCUUCAGGCCCCAAGUGGAACCAGAAGCUUCCUAGAUGCCUGUCUGAGACCUUCGAGCCGUGCAGUCACCCAGGAACCCCAACCUAUGGGAUCCCCAGCUCCACCCACCUUCACUUUCAGGCUGGAGAGACCCUCAACUACUCCUGCCUGACAGGCCACCAGCUGCUGGGUGAGCCUGUUCUCCACUGCGUCCCUGGACACCCAUCUCAGUGGAGUGGGUUGCCACCUGUCUGCAAAGCCCACCCAGCAGACUAUGAUGAGCGCAGAUUAGAAGUAUCUAUGGCAGACCUUAGAAUGGAGGGGGCCAAAGUGGCAUUUGCUGUCUUUAUCCCCAUCACCGUCCUCCUCAUCCUCAUCACUGGGAUCUACCUCUACUUCUCAAAGGUUCAGAGGAAGCCACUACGGCUCUCCCUGUCCUCCAGCUUACCAUAUGAAAACAUCACUGCACAGUCUACGUUUGACAAAUCUAUCUGUGAGACAACGAACAAUGAGGAAACAAGAGAAUAUGAAGUUUCAAUCUGA